AUGUUUAGAUUAGCUUUACGUUCUGUUCGUUCUCCAGUUGUUGCUAGAACUUCAUUUAUUAAACCAAUUCGUUUCUAUGUUGCUCCACCACUUUCAAGAGAUGAAAUUACAACUAGAGCCAUUCAAGCAUUAAAAACUGUUGCUCCAUUACAAGAAUCUAAUAUUACUUUAGAAUCUUCAUUUCAAAAAGAUUUAGGUUUAGAUUCUUUAGAUACUGUUGAAGCUUUAGUUGCUUUAGAAGAAGAAUUUGAUUUGGAAAUUCCUGAUAAAGUUUCUGAUGAAAUUAAAACUGUUGGUGAAGCUGUUGAUUAUAUUUUCAAAGAAGAAUCUAAAUAA